AACAUCUACCAAAAUAUGUCUAUUCGAUGUUAAUGGAGUUUCCUUGGAGUCGAAAAUGUGAAGGAUGGUGGCAUUUUCAGAAUUAUGUGAAGAGUAGAGGGCAUUUUAGGUACAAGGAUGUAGCCGCCUUCCCUUAAAAGGCCCUCUUGCGUUUUCUUGGGUUUUCGCCUCUCGUUCCAAACAUUUUGCUCUCUGAUCUGAGCCUCGCUUUCUCCGCGGGGAGCUUGGGAACUAACCCUAGCUUUUCCAUCUCCUCUGGUAUCUUCUGAUCUGCUCAUCCGCUCCUUGAUUUUCUCCUAGAUUUUGCUUCCGAUACCAUUACGGCUCUUUGUUUAGGUUUCAAUUCGACCAUUUAGUUUCCGAUUUACUGAUUGGUUAGCGAGAAAUGGUACUUCUUGGAUUGUAGGGUUUCUUAUAUCUGAAUCGCCGGUCACCGUAACCACUCUGUACCAGAUCUUUAUCUUGUUAAUCAGGAUUGCAAAUAUGGCGAUUAAACUCACCGUCACCUAUUCCGGCUAUGUCGCUCAAAACCUAGCGUCAUCGGCCGGAAUUAGGGUUGGCAAUUGUCGUUCUAUUCAUGAAUGCUGGGUCCGAUCUCGGUUCUUCUGCCCCAGUCAGAAGCCUGAGGUCGAUUCUCCUGUUCCGUCAAGGGCUUACCAGGCUGAUUAUCGGAGGCCUAAGGCGAAUUGUUGGGCCAAGGUAUCGACGUCGGCCUAUAGCACUCUCGCUGGGGAAGUUUUUGGUGAUAGUUGUAGAAACCCUCUAAUCGUGGGUUUGAUUUCGCUGAUGAAGUCUUCGACUGGCGUUUCUGAAUCUAGUGUGGGGGUUUUUGGGGUUUCGCCCUUAAAAGCCACUUCGAUCCUUCCGUUUUUGCCAGGAUCGAAGUGGCUUCCCUGUAAUGAGCCGAUUCAGGGUUCUGUUGGUGAUGAAGUGGAUAAGGGCGGAACACAAUGUUGCGAUGUCGAAGUUAUUUCGAAGCCCCUUGAUCGGAAGGUGCUGGAAAGGAGCAAUUGGCUCUCCAAAUUACUGAAUUGCUGUUCAGAGGAUGCCAGGGCUGUUUUUACGGCGGUGACUGUUAGUUUACUUUUUCGGUCGCCCUUGGCUGAACCAAGAUCAAUUCCGUCCGCGUCCAUGUAUCCCACUCUGGAUGUGGGUGACCGCAUAUUAGCGGAGAAGGUUUCAUACGUCUUCAGAAAUCCUGAAGUCUCAGAUAUAGUGAUAUUUAAGGUGCCUCCAAUACUCCAGGAAAUUGGUUAUAGCGCUGGAGAUGUAUUCAUAAAAAGAAUUGUUGCAAAAGCUGGGGACUAUGUUGAAGUUUCUGAAGGGAAAUUGAUGGUAAAUGGUGUUGCACAAGAGGAAGAUUUCAUUUUGGAGCCUCUUGCUUAUAAUAUGGAUCCAGUGCUUGUGCCUGAAGGAUAUGUCUUUGUGUUGGGAGACAAUCGUAAUAACAGUUUUGACUCCCAUAAUUGGGGUCCUCUUCCAAUAAAAAACAUUGUUGGUAGAUCAGUUCUUCGGUAUUGGCCCCCCUCCAAAGUAUCGGACACUAUUUAUGAACCAGAAGCUCGGAAGACUGCUAUGGCAAUUUCUUGACCCAUUUUAUUCCUCUCUAAAUGGAUAAACUUGGUGCAUGGGAAUUAUGAUUUUAUAAAUUAUUUUCUCACUCCCUCGGCAACUUGUGAAUAUUAUUCUGCCCUUUUUUUAUUUUUUUAUUUUUGUAAUGUUUUGUGCAUGCUUAUUUUUGGAUGUUGUUCAAAUGGAUCAUCAUGUUCCAUCCGUGUGUAUCUUUAUUGAUGGCCCAACUCAAGGCAAGUGAUACAUUCUUUGUGUACUGCCAUGUUAAAACAUUUUUCGACUGUGGAGUGGGAAAAGAGGAGAAAAAAAAAAGGGACAAGAUAUCGUGUCCUGUUUCCUGUAAA